CUUUUCAUUGCCUCCCUUUUUUCUCACUCACUCACUCUCUCUCUCCACUCUCCAUCCUUUAUUCACGCCACAUUCCACAAUUCUUACUUCUCUUUCAAUGCCCAAAACCAUCAUAUCAUAAACAUAAUCUAAACACCCUUUAUUUUCACCCUAUUGUUCAACUCUGCUUUUUUUCCAAAUAUUUUUCUCCAAAUUUUCAAUAACAAUGAAAGAAUUUUGGUUUCAAAGCACCAAAUUCAACAACAAAUCUUCAAAUUUCACUAUCUUUUGCUCUUUUAUUCUAUCACAUCCACUUUAUUUCUCUUAUUUGAUCUUUUUCUCACCUUACCUCUUCAAGCUCUUAUCUUUUCUCUCCCCUCUGUUCUUCACCACUUCUCUUCUCCUUCUCUCUCUCCUCACCACUCUCAUUCCACUCAGUUCCAUCAUCAAUUCCAAAGAAGGAUUGAUAACUACUGCUUACAACUCCCUUUUGGAGAAUUUACAGCCUGAUUUGGAGGAUGAAGGUGGGAAAUCAACCCCUAUUGAAGAGUUUGAAGUUUAUAAGGUUGUCUUUGAAAUCCCUACAAUUGAAGAAAACCCAGUUGAGAUUGAGAAAAUCGAAGAAACCCCAGUUGAAAUUGAGAAGAUUCAAGAAUACCCAGAUGAAUUUUUCGAGGCAAAAGGUUCGAAUGUGGGGAAAGGAACAGGGGGGAAAUGUGAAAGUUUGACUAUGGAGAGGGAGAGAGAGAAAGUGGGCGCAAACCCCGAGAAGGUAAAAGAAGAAGAAGGGUUAAAGAAAGUAGAGACAAAAAAGGGAUCCGAGGCAAUUAAAUCAACCAAAAGUGGGUCAUUAAGGGUUAAUGAUCAUAAAAAGUUCAGUGAGACAUUUUCACAAACACUUGGUGCUCAACCCAAUAUGGGGAGUUUUGGGUCAAUGAGGAAGGAGAAAGAGUGGAGGAGGACUUUAGCGUGUAAGCUCUUUGAAGAGAGGCAUAAUGGGAGCAAUAAUCAUGUAUCUGUUAAUGGUGGAGGCGGCCGCGGCGGCGAAGAAGGGAUGGAUUCGUUAUGGGAAACUUACGAAACAGAGUUGUUAAACAAGGUUAAGACUAAUAAGGUGGAAGAGAGUACUAAGAAGGGGAAGAAGGGAGAAGAAAAAAUGGAGGAUUUAAUUAUGGGUAAUGAAGAGGAUGAUGAUAAUUAUGAUGAUAAUGGUAAGUUUUGUUGUUUGCAAGCUUUGAAAUUGUCUGCUGGAAAGAUGAAUUUAAGUAUGGGGAUGAAGAUUUCAAAGGCUUUCAAGGGGAUUGGAUUCUUGCAAAACCAUGUCAAGAAGCACGGGAAAAAAGGGUACAAGUAAAAAUUCCAUGUAUUAAUUUUUUAUUUUUUUUGUAUGAUUAAUGUUAAUUUUGCAAUAAUAUAGUGGUAGUAAAUAAAUGUGUACGAAUUUAAGCCUGAUGCAUUCAAGGAAAAAGAAAAAAGUAAAUAUGUUUGUUCUUGUGAAAAA